UCGUUUCAGGCAGACAAGUAACAGCACAUAGAGAACCAAAAUAUAUUCAACUACAACUAGAUUUCGAAGAAUCUGUUGCAAACGUUUUUAUUAUACCAUCCAAAAACUUCCCAUGCCCAAAUCCAUAGAGCAAUCACAUGACCGCACAGUUUCCCAUAUUAUCUUCUCUAUCUGUCUCUUCUCUUCACGAUCGUGUGAAUGAAUUUUCGAUUAUUCUUUUCCUUUUGUGGUCAAGAAUACUAAAUUCGAAAAGAAUAACGUGUUUACGCAGACAAUAAUAAAAUUAGUGUAACGUAUUAUUAAUACAAAUACAAUGAUGCAAGUUUCUCGUUAAGCAGAGCUCACACAAACUUUCUCAUUCACCGUUACUUUUUUCUUUUCUUUUCUUUUUCUAAUUCCCGUACUUUGGGACAAUUCUAAUAAAAAGGCUUUGUUGACUCAAAUUCGAUUUUUCAGAUCGAAAGUUUCUUCCUUUCGACCCUACAGGCAGAUACGAAAGUUUGUUCCUUGCUCGUUUCGAAAUCUCUCUUCUCUUCCUCAAUUUCUCUGAUAAAAAAGUUCGAAUCUUUAGAUGCAAUUUAGUCUAUUCCAGGUGUUGGGAAUUCCAAAUUCUUGACGGGUUUUGCAUGCACGUCUUUGCAGGUUCGAAUUGUUGAAGAAAACAAAAACAAAUUUUGUCUCUUUUGAAAACGAUUAGUUGAUGACGUCAUCGGUUAUUGUCGGAAUGGAAGAAGAAGAAGAAGAUCCAUCGACAAAACCACUUGGAAGAUUGUCUGUGUUCUAUUAUGGAGUUGGACAUAUGCUUAAUGACAUUACUGCUUCUUGUUGGUUCACUUACCUUCUCUUGUUUUUAACCCAAAUUGGCCUCUCCCCAAGGGAUGCUGCAAUUGUCAUGCUCUCUGGUCAAGUUGCUGAUGGUUUUGCUACAAUCUUCAUCGGUGAAUUGAUUGAUAGAUUUGGGCAUUUCAAAAUUUGGCAUGCUGCAGGAUCCUUAUUAGUUGCUAUCUCAUUUUCCUCUGUUUUUGGCGGUUGUUUGCCUUGUUCACUCCUCCAUAAUAACUCUUCAACUAUCGAAACAUUAUCGUACAGUAUGUUUGCAGCUAUCUUCAAUAUUGGAUGGGCUGCUACUCAGGUUUCUCACAUGGCUAUGGUUAAUUGCAUUACAUUGAAUUCAACAAGCAGAGUAGCACUAACAAGCUCCCGUAAUGCGUUUAGCAUGGUUGCUAAUUUAGGCUUAUACGCUAUUGCUUUAGUUGUAUUUGGUGUUAGCGAGGCCGUGACAAAAGAAAAUACCGAAUCUCAGUAUCGUUGGAUUGCUUAUUCAUCCAUCACCGUUGGCUGCUGCUUUGUGGUCAUAUUUCUUAUGGGGACAAAGGAACCAAGGCUGAGGAUAAAUCUAAGAGAAACUAGUCGAGCAAGAAUACCAUGGUCUUAUUGGUUCCGUAAAAUUCUAUACUAUCAAGUUGCUAUGGUUUAUCUCCUCACUCGACUAGUAUUGAAUGUUUCACAGGCAUAUCUUGCAUUCUUUGUUAUUGAUGAUUUGCAAAUGGCUCAAUCUGCUAAAGCUCUGAUUCCUGCAAUAAUCUACGUAUGCAGCUUCGUUGUAUCAGUUAUGCUUCAGGAGAUUCCUUGGAAUGGAAAACGCCUCAAGGCAUAUUAUUGUGCUGGUGGUAUUAUUUGGAUAUUCUGCGGUAUAUCAAUACUCUUAUUGCCCAGAAGCAUUAACUCUUACAUGUAUGCGAUCUCUGUCUUUAUCGGCAUCGCAAAUGCAGUAAUGUUGGUGACAUCAAUUAGUAUGCAGAGUGUCUUGAUUGGUUCGAAACUCGGGGGAUGUGCUUUCGUUUGUGGGUCAUUAAGCUUCUUAGACAAAAUGUCAUGUGGGCUUGCUUUAUAUGUUCUUCAGUCACAUCAAGGCACUUCACCAAAGGUUGACGUAAACAUCAAAGAAUAUUUUUACUUCUCGGUGACAAGAUAUGGGUUAGGACUUGUUCCAGCUGUAUGCUCGCUUGUUGGAGUUGUUGUAACAUAUUUUAUGGAACUCGAUAGCACGAUUCUAAAGCCUCUGUGUCAACCGCUACUACUAGAAUGAACAGAAAGAAGAAACACAAUGCUUAUGAUCUGGUAAACACAUAUAGCUCAAAACUUGGUUACUGUUUGACAGUAAAUGUUUCAGUCUGCUAAUUUUUUGUUCAUAAGAAUAGGUUUAUAUCACACUGCGACAGGCAAAACAUUUGUACAAGAAUUACUGAAAGUCAUUAAAAAUUAAUGCAAGUUGAUUUUUAUUUUAUGUUGUCUACUCUUUAAUCGCUUCCUUCAUUGAAUCUUCCUUGUCUGAGA